CUUUAUCAACAUCAACUCAGUUCCUCUUCUUGCUUUCAAAUCUCACACUGAUAACUUGGUAAUCCCAUUCCCCUAAAUCUUAAUAUAUCUCUCAGAGCCACUAUAACCUCACAACUCUCUAUCAACGUAUCUGAGACAACCUCGAUUUAACAUGUUCCCCAACUUUACAAAAACCUUCUUCAUGCUCGCUCGUACUCCCCUCAUCCCACCUCCAGCCGGUCCAGCAACUUUCGAACUCGCUCCCAUGGCCGGUCCCUCUAGACCGAUGGCGACGAGGACGAGGACGGUCAGUAGUUUAUCCUUGGGCGGAAGAGGACGGAGGGGGUAUGCUAGUGAUAAAGGUCAGAAGGAGUUGUAUAGUGAUGAACUGGGUAGCACAGGAGCGGGUACUGACGACGUGGCUCAUUCCGAUGCGGCCUAUGAUAAAGAUGCCAACCCUCAAAGAUCGGCUCAGAAAGUGGAGAAAGAAACGGGCAAAGACUUUACACAACGCUCCCCUGCCAAUCCAGCUUCUUCCCAGCCUCACCAACAGGGCAACAAACAGUCAGACGCCCCUUUUGGCACCUCGAACAAGCCGCAAGGUAGAUGA